AUGUCUAAAAGAGUUCCUAGUGGCUGUGAAAAACGAAAAAAGAGAAAAGAAGAACAAGAGAAAAUCUUAAAACUACCCAAAAUAAACAGUUUUUUUUCUAGUGCCGUUCCUUAUGAAGAAAAUACCAUUAACAGUAAUAUUACACAACCAAAUACAAAGCCUACUGCAUUAAAUGAUACAACUUUAAACAUAAUUGAAUCCUUCACAACUGAACCAGAACAUAGUUCAUCGAAAGUGAUUCCAAAUGUAGAGCCUAGUAUAACUUUGAAUGACACAACCUCAGACAAGUCAGAUAUCAUUGAAACCUUCACUCCUGAACCAGCUCUUAGUUCAUCUACAGACUUGGAUUUAACCUGCCGUUAUCCUUCCGAUCGUGGUAAAUUUAGUGACAAAGUUUUGGAUGCCCAAACAAAAAGGCUAAUUAUGUCAUUUGGACCAUGUAAACCCGAUAUUAACUUCCCUCGUAAUGAUUCAAAUAGGAAAUUCUCAAUUGAGUAUUAUUUUAUGAACACGAAAUCAGGUUUUAAAAUUCCUCGAACUUGGCUGUGUUAUUCCAUUAUAUUGGACAUGGUAUAUUGUGAAACGUGUUGGCUUUUUGCCGACCGUCUUAACAAAAAUUAUUAUUCUAAUUGGGUUGAUGGAGUAAAUGAUUGGCAACAUCUUGCCCAAAAGAUAUCAAAACAUGAAUCAUCUACUCAGCAUAUUGAAGCCGUACAAGUAAGAAGCUUAUGGAAUAAAAAUAAAAUUAUUGAUGAACAGCUCGAACGACAAAUUUCUGAAGAAGCAGAUUUUUGGCGCAAUGUUUUAGAACGAACAAUAAAAAUAAUACUUUUUUUAACUACCGGUAAUACUGCCCUUCGAGGGAAAGAAGGAAAAUUUGGUGAUUGUAAUAAAUUUGCUGAAGGCAACUUUUUAAGGACCGUUAGAUUACUUGCUGACUAUGAUCCAGUUUUGAAUAAAUUAAUAAGUAAUGACAAAGACUGUGUAAAAUAUCUUAGCCACACUAUUGUUAAUGAAUUAAUUGAAAUAUUGUCUUCCGAAAUUGUUAAAAAAAUUUGCGAUGAAAUUAGAACUAGUCAAUAUUUUUCUUUAAUAAUGGAUUCAACCCAGGAUUUGACUAAAGUAGACCAAUUAAGUAUUAUAAUUAGAUACGUAAAAGUUAAUUACGAAGAACACAAAUUUGAAAUAAAAGAGUCUUUUAUUGGUUUUUAUGAACUCAAGCACCAUACUGCAAAAGAUUACGAACAACUUAUUCGAAAAAUUAUAAUAAAACUUAAUUUAGAUAUCACAAAAUGCCGGGGACAAGGAUUAUGA